AUGCCAACUCGACAUAUCCACAUCGCCAUCCUUGAUACAGAUGUACCCGUCCCCGCAGUAUAUACGGCACGGGCGAGGAGACUAAACCAAAAUAUAAGAGAUAACUCCGCUAUUGCACAACAAGUACAGAUUCAUACCUCUGCCUACGAUGUAGUCGGCGGCUCGUAUCCUGGGAUGGGUAUGUUGCGAAAGACAACUCCCUGCCUGGAGGAAGAGCAAGAAGAAGUGGAAGAAGAAGAAACAUUCAGACCUAUCGAUGCCAUACUAAUCACUGGCUCAGCGGCAUCGGCAUAUUAUCAAGGAGAGCAAUAUGCAUGGAUCUCAAAACUGCAAGAAUUCAUUAGGCGGGUUUGGAGUCGUUUUCCGCUCGUCAAGUUUUUUGGGUCUUGUUUUGGGCAUCAAGUUAUUGCGCAGGCGUUGCUCGUAAAUACGAAAGAUGCGCAGUCAUUAGUGUCACCCCAGGUUCGAGUCGAGGCGUGUCCGAUGGGAUAUGAGAUUGGUAUACACCCUGUCACUCUGAGUCCAGAGUUUACCCCCACAACGCUCGGAAAGGCGUUUACGAGCAGAUUAGGAUCGAAUAAUGGAAAGUUACAUAUCCAACUUAUCCAUGGAGAUCGCGUCGUUGGAUUCUAUCCUUCACAUACUACCGCAGAGACAUCCGCAGUGACAUUAUCGGCUCUCCCCAAACCCUGGCUCAAUCUCGGAAGUACACCUCUCUCCCCAAUUCAGGGUCUCUAUUACCCUGGAAGAGUCCUGACAUACCAAGGACACUUCGAAUUCGACGUCUUCGUGAACUGUGAAACAGUUAUUGAAUUCGGACGACGGGCCGGUUGGGACGCGCAGAUGGUCACAGAGUCUCUACGCAAGAUUAAUGGAUUUGAAGAUGAUGAUUCGAGAUUAGCGGCGGAGAUUGUUGUGCAGUUUCUGGCUGGUGGUGACGAUAAUAGUGGCCAAGGUGUGGAUGUGCCUAUGAAGAUAAGCUAUUCGAUGAAAGAGGAUAUGGUCCGAUCGGUUGUAUCGAAUGGGCUGGUUACUCCUCCUGACGAGAUGUCUAUGCAAGUAUAAUAUCUUUAAUUCGCUC